AUCAAAUGUGAUGAAGCAGGUUCCUCGACCAUGUCGAACUAGACCAUUCUCUGGUCAUAUGCUUGUAGAAGAUAUGUUGGCUGGACAUCCUGAUCGUUCAUAUUCUUGUUUUCGAAUGAGUUCUGAGGCAAUUCUUUUGCUUAAAAAUGUUCUAAUUGAGAAGAAUGCUUUAAGGCCAACUAGAUAUUUAAGCUGCAAUGAACAACUUUGUAUAUUUCUCUACGGAAUUUCACAUGGCCUUUCAAAUCGAGUAUUAGCUGAGAUAUUUCAACAUUCAGGAGAGACUAUUAGCAGGCAUUAUAAUAACGUGCUUAAUGCUAUUUUAUCUUUGAAACAAGAUUAUAUCCAGCUUCCAACGGCUGACGUAGACGUUCAUCCUAAGAUUCGAGAGAAUCCCAAUUUCUUCCCAUAUUUCAAGAAAGCAUUGGGAGCAAUUGAUGGAUCUCAUAUUCCUGUAAUUGUGAAGAAAAAAAACACAACAGGUAUCGUAAUCGAAAGAAUUUCAUAUCUCAAAAUGUAAUGGCAGCGUGCUCCUUUGAUCAUACUUUUCUUUAUGUGGCUGCUGGAUGGGAGGGAUCAGCAUCUGAUAUGUCAGUACUCCGUGCAACAC